CUCACUUGCACGCUCCCAGAUUUGCUUGUCGAUCGUUUCAGCUCAGACGUUCCAAACAGAGUCGGAAUAAUGUUGACGGGUUUUUCGUUCUUGCAUGUCACUGAUUGGACGGAUGACGAAAGCCAUUAUCCUAGAGAAUGAGCAUGGUCACCUCCGGACCGGAUGGAAAUCGGUUAUUGCCCAUAAUUCCAUUUGCAGCGUAUAAAGGGGUCGAAGACCGCAUCUGGCACAUUUCACGACGAGCCGCGAGGUUUCAUUGAGAACGCCAUUCCGCCGAAGCUGCCUGUGAGGACUAACUGUGUCUCAACAUGGGUCGACAUGUCGGAAGAAGCAGAGGGUGCCAGACCUGCGUCAAACGAAGAGUCAAAUGCGGUGAGGAGACGCCAGCAUGCUUUCAGUGUGUUAGCGCCGGCUUCGACUGCCCAGGUCCAGUUCAAGGAGCAAUUUUUAUCGAUAUGUCCGAAGGCAUCCGGGAGAAGUCGAUGCGAACAGUUUCCAAAUCUUCCAAUAAGAAAAUUCUGAAAGUCCCAAACUGGAAUUCGUGUCCAAACUCUGUAGCAUUCAAAACCCUGAGUUCAGAUACCGUCAAGUGUAUGCGUAUAGCAUCCCAAGCCUUCAAGCUACCAACCACAAGACAACCGAGCCGUCAAGACAUAUUCCAGGACCUAUAUGUUGCGAACUUUAUUUCGGCCCAAAAUGCAACCGUGCACCCCUGGAUACUCGAGCUGCCCAACCUGACCUCGCUUUCCUCUUCUUACCUGUCCGAGGUGUAUGGAAUCCGCGCCGCAACUCUAGCUCUCUACGCCAGAAUCUCUCACAACCUCGACCUCGAGGUCGAAGCGGCAAAAUGGUAUUCGAAAGGCUUAGUCGCUCAACAGCAAGAACUCCACCUAGCAAUGAGUACAGAGAGUUAUUCUCCGUGUUGCCACAAAGCCGUCGGUGCCGCAGUAAUGUUCUCCUAUUUCGAGUCUGUGAUCACGACCGUGCCUAUGGGCUGGAUGCAGCAUUACGCAGCGGCUAUCAAGAUGUUUGAGAUUGCUGGACCGGAGAACUGCCAGACGGGGCUGAUGCACAAGUUCUUUCGCUCUGUUCGGGUCGCAGCCUUCACGACCGCAUUGAUAGCAGACGAACCCUCAGUUCUUGCUGCGGACGAAUGGUGCACAGUCCCUUUUGACCGGAUACCCAAGACACCAUUUGACAAACUUGUCGAUAUCCUCCUCCAACUACCAUCAUGUUUGCCAUGCCGCAACGAAAUGCGAAAAAACUCUUACUCAAAUCCUACCAAAGCCUGCUUAUUGAGACUUCAACUCGGCUCCACUGCGAAGCGGUUACUUGACCGCCUUGACGACUUCUGGACUGAAUAUAAGGAAGAGGUUGAUCCAGCCUAUGAUCAACGCCUCGGAGAAAUUUCCCCCGCAUCGACUUUCACAAAUGAAGACCGGUUAGAGGGACAUCAAGUCCCGAGCACACAGCAAUCCCCGUUUAAAAGCGCUUCCGAUGCUUACUUCACCUCCAUGUACGACUCAGGGAAGAUCAUCACGCUGGGCUUCCUCGCAACCGUUGCUGUUGGAGUACACUGGUAUAACUAUAACCGAGAGAUAGUCAUGCAUGGUACAUCGAUCCUGGCUUCUGCCGCGUACUGCGAGAGUCUUGGAGUGUUUAAUGGUGUGAGUUUCUCGAUGGUGUUCCCAAUCAAACUCGUUUGUUUGCUCUCGCCUUCUGAAGAGCAGAGGAUACUCGCGAGGAGUGUGCUAUUAAAGUGGGGCGAAGAGAGGGGGUUGGCGGAUUCUUGUCAGGUGGCUGCUCCGUCAUAUCUUGAUCGAAGUCAUGGGUAGCGGGGAUCUUAAACAGAAUUCUCAUGCAUGAAGUUCAGGACGUGGAGAGGUAUGAGCACGAAUUCUAUGUCAAGAAAGAUAUUUUCAUUUGGAAAGGCACACAUGUCGCUUCUAGGACAUAUAUCCCCGAGGCUCUCUACAACCUUGCACUUCCGCCAUCCAGUUGCUCUCCCUUCUCGUUGAAACGAAUUCUCUCGCCCGUGAGAAGGGCUUCUUGCAAAGCCCAACCAAUCUUCAAG